GUCCUUAGCAACCACAAAGUCUGGGUCACACACAGGGAGAACAGAGACUCUAGUCCUUCUGGGACAAACUGCUAUGAGGAAGCUGAGGGAGAAAGCCCAGCGGCACAGUUAAGGCCUUAGCCAUGGCAUCUGUGUCCUUUCGAGAGCCAAUCUCUACUACAGUAGGAAAACGGAUGAUUGUUACAGGCCCGGAUUAUAUAAAGGAUCAUGUACCUAAAGUUCAUCAGCACACUUCCUAUAUAGGAGAAAAGCGCCCAGUAUUGGAAAAGACUGGAGAUCUCAGAUAUUUAUGGAGGCCUGCCUCAAAGAGAAGCUUACCAGCAAAAUAUAAAUAUGAGUAUGUUGGUGAAAUUGGUUGGGGAAUACCAAAGUAUGAUUUUAUCAGCAAAUCAAGGCUUCGGACUGGUUUUCACAUCAAGUAUGGAGAAAUAAGUCAAGCCACUAUUGAUAAAAUAAGCCACAGAUACCAAAAUCCAUGGCAACCGAAACCUUACAUUAUGGAUAUGCAAGGAAAAUACAGUCGUGGUUCUAUUGCCUGGCACAUGGGUGAUUAUGAGAACACCGACCAGAGGAAUUCCCAGGGAGCUGUCCUUGUCAGGCAGAGCACAGCAAUGUUGCCAAGAGCGUCCAGAUCACCUACGCUGCCCAAGCUGCCAGGAAAGGAGGAGGUUCCAAAGCAAAUACAAUGUGUGUAAAGCCUCCAACACAAUGUUUUACACCAGCCACCAACGAGUGGCUGCCACGACUAUACUUACCUGGGACGCCAGCACAUUUUCCAUUCCUAUGCUGUAAGAAUCCAAACCACACACAGAAAGCAGCCUCAAUAGAGUGAAUAGUGAUUCGAUGGAGUUGGGAGAGAUCUGUGGGAAAUCCUUCUCAUUGAAGACAUGUGGUUGAAAGUGGGGAUA